CGCAAAUAGUAAUCAGCUGUGUUGCCACAGGUAAACUGUCACCAUUACUGUUCAGAAGCUUAAAGGCUUCUCAUCUUGUCUGCACUUGUCUCACUGGAAACCUGGACAAGAUAUUACUUCACUGGCUGGCGGACUGAAAUGGAGGAAAGCGAGAUAAGGAGCCGAGCCGAUCCGGGCCAGUCCAUGCCAGGUCGAGAUACAAGAGACAGCAUGACCCAGACUGAAAGCAGAAUAGGCCUACAAGGUCAUGGCCCCAGGCUAUCAAAGGCAAACCUGUUUACAUUGUUGAGUUUAUGGAUGGAGCAGUUCCCACAGGAGCAAUGUCAAGGGGAUCACCACAGUGAGAUCCGCGGGAUGGGUCUGGUGGUGGUGCGGGACAGUAAGGUGGUGGGACUCCACUGUUCAGGACCUGAGCUCCACGCAGGACAGGCAGCCAUUAUCCACCAUGGCGCCUGCCUGGCUGACUGUGAGAUGUACUUUUCUAGGAGACCCUGUGCCACCUGCCUCAAAAUGAUCAUCAACGCUGGAGUCAGUCAGAUCUCCUUCUGGCCCGGAGACCCUGAGGUCAGCAUGCUGAGAUCCACCUCUGCAAAUCACCCAAGCUCCCACAGUCCUCCUGAGUCCAUCACAGAGGACGCCGCGUUGGACGCCAUGGCUGCGGAGAAGCUGAAAUCCAACAGUCGUUCUCACGUGUGCGUGUCACUGCAGCCGCUGGCGCCCGGCCUGGCUCAGUUUGUUGACGAGACGUCCAGAGAGUGUGAUUUCAUAGAGAGAAUGAUUGACGAUGAACCGGGGCUGAACACGGACAAACUCUUCUACAGAGAGCGCACAAGGCUCCUGAAGGAUUUCUCCAGACAGCUCCUGGUCAGGACGUCUCGGCAGCACCGGGAGGUCUUGACGCACAUGGGUCUGGAGAACUUCUGUGUGGAGCCGUACUUCUCCAGCCUGAGACAUAACAUGAGGGAGCUGGUGGAGGUUCUGGCUACUGUGGCUGCUGCGGUGCCACUGCAACACUACGGCUUCUACAGGGAACAGCAUUCAACCUCUGAGCCAGCAACAGCCAGCUCACUGCCUCCGGAUCACAAGGGACUAUCCCAAGAAGUGGCUCGCCAUUGCAUCAUCCAGGCCAGGCUGCUGUCAUAUAGGACAGAGGACCCUAAGGUGGGUGUGGGUGCUGUCAUCUGGGCCAAGGGACCGUCGGCUGGCAUGGACGGAACCGGGUGUCUGGACCUGGUGGGUUGCGGGUACAACGCUUACCCAGCAGGCUCAAAGUACGCAGAAUACCCCCAGAUGGACAACAAGCAGGAGGACCGGCAGAGACGCAAAUACAGAUACAUUGUCCACGCGGAGCAGAACGCCCUCACCUUCAGGACUCGACACAUCAAACCGGAGGACUCCACCAUGCUCUUUGUAACCAAAUGUCCAUGUGAUGAGUGCGUCCCUUUGAUCAGAGGAGCUGGCAUCACACACAUCUACACCACCGACCAGGACAGGGACAAGGACAAGGGAGACAUCUCCUACCUGAGGUUCAGCAGCCUGGAGAACAUCAGCAAGUUCAUAUGGCAGAGGAGCCCAACCUCUCCUCCCCAUGCCAAUGGUUGUGUCGGGAAGCACAGCCGGCAGGCUGAAGAAGAGAGCCACAGCAACAAGAAGCUGUGCACCAACAAAUCCCCCGACUCCCCGGCUGUCAGCUGAACACCGGCUGCGAUUGGAUGGAAGGACGGACUCACGGAGAAAUGGAUGUACCAAAAACUACGGAAUCAUGUUUUUAGCUCUCGUGCCGCAGAUUUGAUAUUUUAUGGCUGCAUCAACACAGCUAGAAUUGGGAGAAGUCUGAAGAUCAAAUCUGUGGCGCACAUAAUUUUGCGCUAUUUAUUUGCACUUUAAGAAAUACCUGAGAUUGGUUUUGUGAUCCCGAUCACUGGUCAGUCUGUGUGUCAUCGGGACAUAGACAUUGACAUAAUUCCUGUGUCCCUCUGUAAAAUCUGCUGCUGUAUGUUUAUGCUUUGCACUACGCUGAGUGAUAGGCGGGCGGGUGGAUGGAUGGAUGGAAGGAUGAGGUAAAGAAAUGGUGAUAACCCCCAAAAAUAAUAUAUUUUAAAUAGUAAUAUAAACUGUGACAGGGGGAUUUGUUCAUGCCAUUUCAUUUUUUAUAUAUUAUAUAUAUAUAUACUGUAUAAUAAGUAGUGAAUAGUUUAUUUAAAUUGCGUAUUGGUUCUUUGGAUAUACAUAUACAAUAUGUAUACGUAUGUAUGCACAGGUUACCAUGGGUGUAGCCCAUUCUCCAGGAUGUGGACUUGAAGGUUUAAGAGAACUGCAGAUGGCACGCAUCACUGCAGCAUCUCUCCAGAAACCAAAAAUCAAAUGGCCGUUGCUGUGAGAAUAUUUCAUUUACGGUUAAAUUAGUUAUAUUACAAAUAAAUUAAUACAUUAAGUAGCUCUAAGAAGGAAAGAACUUGAUUACACAGCUUUAGUCUGGUGUCAUUAUUUAGAUUUAUUAAUGAGGAAUUAUGUUGAAGUCAAGCUUUAACUUCUUACACAAGAACCUGUUUUUUUGUCUGUGGGUACAAUGACACGCCGGCCCACCGUUAAGGUUUGAAUCAUCUAGAAUACCAUCAUGUGCUUUAGUGUUAAAAGAUGGUCUUUUAAGGCUGACGUGCAAGAUAAAUACACACUAAAUGAAAAUAAAGCUGCUAUUGAAAUUUCUUUGUACAUUAAGUUGCACAGUAAACAACAAAUGAGCAUACACACACAAAGCAUGCAUUCCCAUCCUUUUAUUUGUUGUGAAUGUGUUACAAUAGCAUCAAUGUGGAAAUUAAGGUGGCUGCUUUCAGAGAGGACACUGGGAAGAUGAUGUGGCGUUCUGCUGGGAACAAAGUUCCUCAUUAAAAAGCAAAGACUUAGUUUGGCUCAAGUCUGAUGUAAAGCUGGUUGGCUUACUUAUGCAUCUCAUGUUGUAUUCUGAUAAAGUAUGUCACAGCUUAUAGUAU